AUGGACGCCCGCAACCCGACCACCAACGGCACCACCACCACCACCACCACCAAUGGCGCCGCCGCGCACGACGACACAGCCGCGGCCGCCGCCGGGCCGCGCGCCCCCAUCAUCACCACCAUGAGCCCGUACACGUUCCCCGUCGACAAGCUCCGGCAGCGGCUGACGCGGCCCGGCAAGACGCCGCUCGUGCUCGUCGCGUGCGGCAGCUACUCGCCCAUCACGGUGCUGCACGUGGAAAUGUUCCGCAUGGCGGAGCGCCACGUCGAGUCGUCGGCGCGGCAGCACCCGGCGCGCGGCAGCGGCAGCGGCGACGGCGGCGGCGCCGACUUCGAGGUCGUCGGUAGCUACCUGAGCCCCGUGAGCGACGCCUACAAGAAGCCGGCGCUGGCGGCGGCGCGCCACCGGCUCGCCAUGUGCGAGCGCGCCGUGGCCCGCACCGACAUCAUGGUCGACCCGUGGGAGGCGCUCCGCUGCGACGCGGCCACGCGCGCGCCCGUGUACACGAGCACCGUCGACGUGCUCUGCCACGUCGACCACGAGAUCAACCGCGACGGCGGCGGCAUCGAGACGGCCGACGGCAUGGGCCGCGUCCGCGCCCGCAUCGUCCUGCUCAUGGGCGCCGACGUCGCCGCCACCAUGGGCGACCCCAGGCUCUGGCCCACGCCCGACGUCGACGUCAUCCUCGGCCACUACGGCGCCUUUGUCAUUGAGCGCCCCAUGCAGACCCGCAUCGACGACGCCCUCGCCGACCUGCACAAGUACGACGACAAGAUUUGGGUCGUCGCCGCCUUUGAGAAUGACGUCAGCUCCACCAAGAUUCGCGCACAGCUCAAGAAUGGCGAGCGUGUGCUGGACCUCGCCCAGCCAGUGUACGAGUACAUCAAGACAAACGACCUCUACUACGAGGAGACGGGCCACGCCAAGGCGAACGGGGCCGGUGCAAUGUUUUAA